GAAAAUUAACAAAAUGAGGCUUUUAGUAUUGGGUUUGUUUAGUGUUUUGUGUCUAAAAUGUGUUUUAUCACAAAAUAUUAGUAGUCUUAUUAGUAAAAAUUUAUUUGAGAGAAUACUUGUGCAUCGAAACGAUGCUGCUUGUGGUGCGAAAGGUUUCUAUACCUAUGAAGCUUUUAUAACAGCAACUAAAACAUUUGCUGCCUUUGGAACUACUGGUGAUACUAAUACUCGUAACAAGGAAAUUGCUGCCUUUUUGGCUCAAACUUCUCAUGAAACUACGGGUGGAUGGGCAACAGCACCAGAUGGACCAUAUUCAUGGGGAUAUUGCUACAAACAGGAACAAGGAAGUCCUGGAGAUUACUGUGCUUCAAGUCAGCAGUGGCCUUGUGCUCCUGGCAAAAAGUAUUUUGGUCGAGGUCCUAUCCAAAUUUCAUACAACUACAAUUAUGGGGCAGCAGGGAGUGCAAUAGGUGUGAAUCUGCUAAACAACCCAGAUUUAGUAGCCAAUGAUGCAGUAGUGUCAUUCAAAACAGCGUUGUGGUUCUGGAUGACAGCACAACAGCCAAAACCAUCGGCACACGAUGUCAUUACUGGAAGAUGGAGUCCCUCUGUUGCUGAUUCUGCCGCUGGCCGCGUCCCGGGCUUUGGUGUAAUCACUAACAUCAUCAAUGGUGGAAUGGAAUGUAACAGAGGUUCAAAUGCACUAAUGGAUAACAGAAUUGGGUUCUAUAGGAGAUAUUGUCAAAUUUUGGGAGUUGAUCCUGGUAAUAAUUUGGACUGUGCUAAUCAAAGGCCAUUUGGAUAAAAGGCAACUUAAUUAAUUUUACUACAAUAAGUUGCUGCUUUAAUUUAUAUGUGUGAUCCAUAUUUAGUACGUGACACAUUAAUAAGGUUUGGUCCAUCUAAACUGUGUAUUAGUUCGUUUGUGUUCUAUAAUGGAACUUCCAUUUUGUCACGCAGGCGAAAUAAAGUUAAAGUUUUAUGCAUUA